AUGGAUGGACGCCCUUUUCCCCCGGGCAUCCACCCGCCCUGCCUGACGUGGUUCAAAGACGAUACCCGUCAAGAGAUCCACUGGGAUUUGCAAAAGAAGCACUUGCAGUUCCUCGUCAAAUCCGGAGUUCAUGGCAUUGUUUUAGCAGGCACCAACGGCGAGGCCGUAACCAUGACGAGAGACGAGAAGGUUCAGCUUACACGCCUAGCAAAGGAGGUGGCAGUGGAAUGCGGCCGACCAGACCUACCGAUUACAGUCGGAUGCAUUGGACAGAGCACAAAGGACGUCAUCGCCGACACGAUAGUAGCCCACGAGGCCGGAGCCGAUUUCACAUUAGUCCUAUGCCCGAGUUAUUUCCACUUCGCUAUGAACGAGGAUGCGUUGGCCGAUGCAAGUCCGAUACCGAUCAUUAUCUACAACUUCCCCAGCGUCGCUGCCGGUAUCGACGUCAACUCCGAGAUGCUAGCGAAGCUCGGCGCGCACCCUAACAUCGUGGGCGUCAAGUUGACCUGCGGGGGGAUUGCCAAGGUGGCCAGAAUAAAAGCCCAGUACGAACCCAGCGAGUUCGCCGCCAUUGCAGGCCAGAGCGACUGGCUCAUCCCGGCCAUGACCGUGGGCUCCAUCGGCUCUGUUACUGGAGUUGGAAACCUGUAUCCUAGGGCCCAGAUCAAGCUGGCCGGUGUCGAAUGGGGAUUUGCCAAGGGUGGGAUCAACGGAACGAAAUGGGUUGUCGCCAAAUACCUGGGCUACCCAGAGGCAAGUUGCCACUGCCGACGGCCAUACCCCAAGUACGACGACCCCAAGAAGCAGAGCUGGAUCACAGAGGUAGUGAGGCCGUUGGAGGGCGUUGAGGCCAGCCUGGAGAGGCGAUGA